GAGAGAGAGAGAGAGAGAGAGAGAGAGAGAGAGAGAGAGCCUGUCGUGACACUGCUUCUUGAUGCACCAGUGCUGUGACCGGGGUCCGUUAUUGUCACGUCGUGUGGAGCCAUUAUUCAACAUUCAGAGCCCUUCACGAGGAUAAAGACAAAUCUCUGCCGACAUGGGGAAAGUGGAAGGAGGGAUGAGAUGUGUGAAAUACCUUUUGUUCAUCUUCAACUUCAUAUUCUGGUUGAUGGGAUCAUUUGUCCUGGCAGUGGGACUGUGGCUGCGUUUUGACCCAGAAACUGUGUCUCUGCUCAACGGGGAUAAAGCUCCAGACACCUUCUUCAUUGGUGUCUAUAUACUGAUUGGUGCCGGCAGCCUGGUGAUGUUGGUGGGUUUCUUCGGCUGCUGUGGAGCUGUGCGGGAAUCUCAGUGCCUGCUGGGUUCAUUCUUUGCCUGCUUGUUGAUCAUCUUCGGAGCUGAGGUGGCAGCAGGAGUGUUUGGAUUCUUAAACAAGGACAAGAUAAUCGAAGACGUUCAGACCUUCUACUCAACAACGUACAACGAGAACAAUAACAGCACUUUGAUCGUCUCAUACCAGAAAAUACUGAACUGUUGUGGAACCUCUGCAAACCCCUGCCCUGAUCCCCAACCAGAUACCAAGGACUGUGAGACGGGCAUCAAGGACUUCUUCAACAGUAAACUCUACAUCAUCGGGUACGUGGGCAUCGGCAUCGCUGGAGUCAUGAUCAUUGGGAUGAUCUUCAGUAUGGUUCUCUGUUGUGCCAUACGCAACACCAGGGAGGUCAUAUAAGCUGGAUCCUCGACUUCUACCCCCUCACCCUUACUUUGCCGACCCCCGAGAGACUGUACAGCCUUCAGAUCAAAUGUCAUUCCCUGUCCAUCACGUGCGGGGACCCAGGAAAUUGAUCAUGUUCUAAAAAUUCCAUUCCACUACGGUGGCCUGAUCUCUAUUCUCUCUUUAUUUAUUUGCCGUCACAAGCCAAGUAGCUGAGUCUACCUUCCAUAACACUCUGAUAACACUUAGACCUUUGACACAUCCUGUGGGAACUGCAUAUUUUCUGAUGCUGCCCUGACAACCUGUCCGAUUGUUUUUCCUGAGGCCAUUUGGCCGCCAGUACAAAUUUUAACCCACAUACUGUCGCCAAAGUGUCAAUGCUUUUUCACACAGCCUUGCCACUGACCCCGUGGCUGUGGGAAACUUAAACCAGGGAGAGCAAUCUGAGGUGAAAGCAGCUGAGUUUGCGUAUCUGUGCGCACACAAAUCAAGACACAGACGCACACACACACACACACACACACACACACACACAUACGUAAACACGGCAAUGUUGUGCUACGCGAGACCACAGCCUUAAAAAAGGUUUGGCACGUAGGGUCCUGAUUGGUGGAAUCAGAGUGGAGUGUCAGGAGGGGGAAUGGCCAGCGAAUGUUUUGAGAAUGCAUCGUAGCCCCAGUGAUCAUACACAUACACACACACACACACGCGCACACACACACACCAAGGAAAAUCCACAGUUAUCUUAAAGGAAAAUGUUACUAUUUUGGGGGAUACUCUUGUGCACUUUCUGGCUCAGAAGAUGAGAGAUUAGAAGAUCGAUAGCACCUUCAUGUCUAUAUCAUAAAUAUGAAGCUACAGUCUGGUGAGCUUGGCAAAGCACAGAGACUGGAGACAGUGGUCUGUUUCUGUUUAGUUUUUUUCCUUUGGACGAAUCCAACGUAGCUGUUUCCCCCUGUGUCCACUUUUCACUCAAAGCUCACCAGCUGACGGUUGUUGCCUUAUAUCCAGCAUCCAGCUAUCAAUCUCUUCUUCUGACUCUUGGCGGGAAAGCACAGGCUAUUUCCCAAGAAGUCCAAUCAUUUCUUUAAAUGACUAUACCCCUGGGUUUUGCCUGUUUGAGCCCAUUCUCUACAAAUCAUGCACAGUUCACAUUUUAAGAUGAAAACAAUAUUUUUAUGAGAUUUUCACGAUUACGCAACUCAAGUAUGUUUUAGUGGAAAAAGCUGCAUCCGAAACGUGACGUAUUCCUGAUUUUAAUGUAAGGAGCUAAAACUUGCAGACACAAAAAACCAAAUUCUUUCUUCAUCCCAAAGGAGAACCUCUUGACGGCGAUACCCCUUUCUAGCUCCAACCCCUUAUGCACUAUAACAUAGGAGAGCCUCUGUUGACUAUACAGUAUGUCAAGAGGAGCCAGAUCAUGUUUUCAUGCUAAACGACUAAUAGCCAGUCAACGGAGAAUUAUCCAGGCCUUCCGAUCGCUUCCCUGCCACCAUCAUGUCCCCCUGUCCUGUGUGCCUUACAAGUACACCACCCACAACAGAAACCCAGGAAACCACCCCUGUGUUCGUCUCACCUGAAUAACCUCAGCAGAUAUCAGGGUUGGAUAGAGAUACCCUUAAAUCCAGGGUAAAUCAGGCCACCGUUUGAAUUUGAUCAGUUUAUUCCAAGUGUCAGGACUCUGGUUUGUAAAUAUGUUUCAGUUUCAUAUUUUGUAGAUGUACAUUGUUUGUGGCUGAUGUAACUGUUACUAUUUAACAUGCUGUGUGUGUAGACAGAGGCUUGCAGUAGAUGUACAGUGUUGUAGUAAAGACAGUGUAGUCCAAACAGACCCACGCAGCCAACACCUGUUUCUUAACGUGCCUUUCUUUGAUACCAAGCUAUUUUUUUUUUUUUUAACAACAGGCUGUCGGAACCUAGCAGAAGUGUAUAUAUGUUUGUAGAGUCGGACUGCAAUUAAAUCGUCGAGUAUCGCAUAUGGCUCGACUUUCCUCUUUUGAUGCGUCACACUCGACUGUUCCUUCUUGAGAACAGUUUCUCUUCCAGCUAUUUCAAAAGCCUCUUGGUGCUGAUAAAAAUCUAUUCUGGGCCCUCACAACAAAGCUGAGUCCAGAUGAUGAAACCAUAUGGGACACAAGCACUCGAGAAUAAUACUUACACUUUUUUUUUGUACGUUUCCGUGUGAUGUUACACACAUGGAGAGACAACGAAGGCCUCCUUACCACUUCAAGCUGUUGGCAAUAUUUACUCUGGGGACUGAGAUGACACAACAGCCACUAAACAAAACAGGAUAAACGAGGAAAAGUUACUCGAUCCUCAUUGGUGUUGCUGUGUCCCUCAUAUUAAAGCAAAUCUGGAGAUGUAAUGUAGGUGCAUCGCAAAGACAAGAAAAACUGUGUACACAGUCAAGCCUUUCAUAGUUGGUUGUGUGUUAAUUUAUUUUAAUACCAUUCCAGGCUUCUCAGGAAGAUAGGUGAUUGAAGUUUAAUAAAUUGUUUAAAGUUUUA